AUGGCUAACACCUCAAGCUCGUUAUACCCCCAACAACACAAGCAAGCUGUCCGCUUCCCCUAUCUCAGAAAGCCCUCGGUUCCCAGCACUUACCACGAAGCUCUCGGUCUUGCCGUGGAGAGUUUCAAAGAUGUAAAAAACAAAAUCGAUUGGGUCUUUGACAUUGCAGGCUACCAGUCUUCUCUCCGCCCGUGUCACCACAAGGACAAAUCAGACGAAGAGAACCUCAAGUCCAAACGGAAUCUGUACCAAUGGGAGACCUGCGGCAACUUCCCUCCGCACCUUAAGAACCUCCCAGUCCCCGAUCGCGCUGAGCAACUCUUCAUCUUCGACUUCAAGAGGAUGUACGAUACGCUCCAAGCUGCCUUCCCGCUCGUCCCAGACGUCGACUUCUUUGAGAACCUCGCGCCAUCGGCUGAAGGCGCCACAAUGAAAUACUUAGAGAACCGGAACCGGUUCCUCCAUAACUGGACCUCACAUAACAUGUAUGCGGCGGAGAACAUCGGCCUGCGCGAGGAUUGGUACACCGAUGCCGUCUUCGCGCAGCAACAGUUCACAGGUGUAAAUCCGACGACGAUUACAUGUGCCACAUCAGAGUGGAUCGACGCGUUCCUCCAGGCUGCAAGCCAACAGGAGAACGGCGCUAUGGAGAGGCAAAUACGGGAGUGUCCCCCUGCGUCGCUCUACAUGCAGGACAACAGCAGCUUGAGGGCUGCCGCGGGCAAAGAGCCAGCGGAGGAAAUCACAUCGACGUACGGCAACCUCUCAGGCACACACCCGCGCUUCGGCUGCGCCUCGGUCGUCCUCUUCCAGCUCUUCCCGAGUGGGAAGCUCCACCCCCUCGCCAUCGUCCUAGACUACAAAGGCAGUAUCGACGCAUCGACCAGUGUUACGAUCUUCAACCGCCGCUUGCACCCUGAGCACUCAGCGGUAGACGAGAAGACCGACUGGCCGUGGCGCUACGCGAAGAUGUGCGCGCAGGUGUCGGAUUGGGCCGUGCAUGAAUUCGUCGUGCAUCUCGUGAACACGCAUCUGCUCGAGGAGGCGAUCAUCGUUGGAGCUCAGCGGAGUUUCCCUGAUUCGCAUAUCCUCAUUACGCUUCUCAAGCCGCACUGGAAUACGACGCUGUCGUUGAACGCGUUAGCUCGUGAGCUGAUGGUACCCCAGAUGAUAUCGAAGAACACGGGGUUUAAGCUCCCCGAACUGUACGAAGUAUGCCGAAACGCAUACAAAUCCUUCGACUUCACCGGCUCCUAUGUUCCUGCCGACCUCAAGCGGCGCGGUUUCCCACUUGCCCAACUCGACGACCCCUUGGGCCCAUUCCACAACUACGCAUAUGCUCGCAAUAUUAUCAAGAUCUGGGACGUCCUUCGCCGCUUCGUGGCCACAGUACUCUCUGCUCGCUACCCCAACGGCGACGCGGAUGUCGUCGCGGACGAGUACGUCUCCGCCUUCUGCGCCGAGAUGCAGUCAGCUCAAGGUGGUGGGAUGUCGACGUUCCCGACUAUCACCACGCUUGACGGAUUGAUCGAUAUGGUUACGAUGUGCAUCCACAUCGCCGCUCCUCAACACAGUGCUGUCAAUUACCUCCAGCAGUACUAUCUGACAUUCGUCCCCAACAAGCCCGCAGCCCUCUAUUCGCCGCUACCUACCUCAUUGGAGGAGCUACAGAAAUUCGGAGAGGCCGACGUUUCGAAUGCCCUUCCGCUCAAGCUGCACAGUGCUUGGCUCCUGAUGGCUCAAAUUCCAUACCUCCUCUCCGCCGAAGUCGAGUCGGAAGACAAUAUCGUCACUUACGCGGACACGGUUGCGUCCUCACGAGACGCGGUCCUUGCUCAGGCGGGGAAGGCAUUGCGUGCCGACCUUACCGUGCUCUCGAAAGUGUUGAGAGAACAUAGCAGGGAUAUGGAUGACCAGACGAAGAAGUACGACGUGCUGGACCCGAUCGCGGUAGCAUCUUCCAUCGUCAUCUGA